CGUUAUUCGCAAUCCAGCAGUUGUUGCGUUCGGAAGCAGAUCGGAACUUAAAUUUGAAUCCUAAACGCCAGGCGAAGUACUUAUUUGCUGCUUGUGUGAACACUUCGAGCACGCGUUUCCAUUUGGAUUCAAAUUGGAUUUAUUAAAAUGUUGCCCUUUCGCUGGGGCCUGCUGUUCGGCUUGGUGCUGAUCGUAGCAUACACAAAUGGAGCAGCCAUAGAUCAAGCAUCUGGCAAUAACGAUGCUGAUGCUGAGCUUACUCCACUGACUGAAUUAGACCGAACUAAACGAAGCGGCGGCAGAGGCUAUAUGCGUGGUCAAACGCAGUCUCAGUACUUAAAUUUUGGAAAACCCGAGGAGGAUGGCAAGGCCGAGGCUGAAGCCACAGAGGGAGGCUCGCGUUCAACAGUUUCUGGUUCCCACGGCAUGGGUCAAGCCCAAAGUCAAUUUUCUGCGGGAGAUUGCAGCGGCUGUUCAGGAUACCAAACUGAUUACCCUGGCGCUGGUGGAGCACCACUUGGGCCAGACUAUGCCGGCAGACCCGAUGCUAUUAUAAGUCUACCUGGUGGUGCUGGCGCUCAUGCAGGUAUGGGAGGUGGCGUCCAUCCAGGUAUGGGAGGUCCUCAACAAGGAGUUAUUGGUGCAGCACCAGGCUAUGGACCACAGCCUGGGUCUCAGACUGGUUUUGGACCUGGCAUGGGAUCACAAGGAGGAAUUGGUGGACAGCCUGGAGGACGCGGAGACCAAGGUGGUCUUGGCGCUGGAGCUGGAGGUCAGCCUGUUACUGAUGGACAACAGCCAGGAAUGGGAGGUGCUCAGCCUGGAUUCGGAUCUCAGCAAGGACACGAUGGUCUACAGGGCCGCGGAGGACAGCCUGGAGCUGGGGGCUCACAAAUGGGUGGUGGAGCACAGCCUGGCGUAAGCGGUGGACAAGCAGGACAGCCUGGCAUCGCGGGAGGUCAGCCUGGAUUCGGAACCCAACCCGGAGUUGCAGGACAACCCGGCGUAAGCGGUAGCCAAGGAGGACAACCUGGCCCAGGUGGCGGUCAGCCCGGAUUUGGAACCCAAGGCGGAGUUGCAGGGCAGCCUGGUGUUAGCGGUGGACAAGCAGGACAACCCGGCAUUGGAGGCGGUCAACCCGGAUUUGGAACCCAGCCCGGCGUAAGCGGUGGACAAGCAGGACAACCCGGCAUUGGAGGCGGUCAACCCGGACUUGGAACCCAGCCCGGCGUAAGCGGUGGACAAGCAGGACAACCCGGCAUUGGAGGCGGUCAACCCGGAUUUGGAACCCAGCCCGGUGUAAGCGGUGGACAAGUAGGACAACCCGGCAUUGGAGGCGGUCAGCCCGGAUUUGGAACCCAGCCCGGCGUAGGCGGUGGACAAGCAGGGCAACCCGGCAUUCGAGGCGGUCAACCUGGAUUUGGAAGCCAAGCCGGACUUGCAGGACAGCCAGGAACUGGCGGUACUCAGCCGGGAUACGGUGGACAAACUGGAGGACAGCCUGGACUAGGAGGAGGUCAAGCAGGAUACGGAACACAGCCUACAACUGGAGGACAACCUGGAAUGGGAGGUUUCCAACCGGGAUACGGGACUCAAGGAGGACAGCCAGGAGCAGGAGGAGUCCAACCUGGUUUUGGUACACAAACCGGAGGACAGCCAGGUUAUGGAACUCAGCCUACAACCCGAGGACAGCCUGGAAUGGGAUAUGGCCCUCAAGCAGGAGGAACAGGCGGUGCUCAGCAAGGAUAUGGGGGACAGGCUGGAGGACAGCCUGGAAUGGGAGGUUUCCAACCGGGAUACGGCACUCAAACAGGACAGCCAGGAACAGGAGGAGUUCAACCAGGUUUUGGACCACAAGCUGGAGGACAGCCUGGCUUCCAGACUGGGUAUGGCCCACAAUCAGGAGCUGGAGGACAGCCUGGUGCCGGCGGCUCUCAGACAGGCUACGGGCCGCAAACUGGCGGACAGCCUGGUUACGGAGGACAACAGGGAAUGGGAGGCUUCCAACCAGGAUAUGGCACUCAGACAGGUCAACCCGGAGCUGGAGGAGUUCAACCUGGUUUUGGAACACAAACUGGAGGACACCCAGGUUAUGGAACUCAGCCCACAACAGGAGGACAGUCUGGCUUCCAGUCUGGAUAUGGCCCACAAUCUGGAGCUGGAGGACAGCCUGGUGCUGGCGGCUCUCAGACAGGCUACGGACCGCAAACUGGCGGACAGCCUGGUUACGGAGGACAACAGGGAAUGGGAGGCUUCCAACCAGGAUAUGGCACUCAGACAGGACAACCCGGAGCAGGAGGAGUUCAGCCUGGUUUUGGAACACAAACUGGAGGACAGCCCGGCUUCCAGACUGGAUACGGACCACAAACUGGUGAACAACCAGGUUACGGAACACAGCCUGGAGCAGGAAGUUAUCAGCCAGGAUAUGGCCCUCAAACAGGAGCCGCAGGACACCCUGGAGGACAGCCCGGAGCAGGAGGUCAGACAGGAUACGGAACACAGCCUGUUAGUGGAGGGCAAACUGGAAUGGAACUGGGCUACCAACCUGGAGUCAUCCAGACUGGAGCCAGAUUAAGUGACGCUAAUAUAGCGCCACCAACUGGCUCACGACCUGGAAUGGGAGGAGCUCAAACUGGAUAUGGCCCUCAAACAGGAUUCGGAGGACAGACUCACCCAGGUACAGGUGGCGGUCCUGGUUCAGGAAGCCUAACAGCAUACGGUCCUCAGCAAACUGCCGGUGGUCAAUUUGGAGGUACUCAGCCCGGUUACGGCCCUCAAGGAGGACAGCUUGGAGGAGGUGCUCAGCAUGGAUCUCAGCCUGGUGGAGGAUAUGGUCCAGGUAUGGGCGGUACCCAGACAGGAUAUGGCCCACAAACAGGAGCUGGAGGACAGCCUGGUAUUGGUGGUGGUCAGACAGGUUAUGGCCCACAAACAGGAGCUGGAGGACAGCCUGGUAUUGGCGGUGGUCAGACGGGAUAUGGCCCACAAACAGGAGCUGGAGGACAGCCUGGUAUUGGCGGUGCUCAGACUGGAUAUGGCCCAGGAGCUGGAGGACAGCCAGGCAUUGGCGGUGCACAAACAGUAUAUGGCCCACAAACAGGAGCUGGAGGUCAGCCAGGUAUUAGCGGUGGUCAAACAGGAUAUGGACCUCAAAGAGGAGCUGGAGGACAGCCAGGUAUUAGCGGUGGUCAAGCAGGAUAUGGACCGCAAACAGGAGCUGCAGGACAGCCAGGUAUUGGCGGUGGUCAGACGGGAUAUGGCCCACAAACGGGAGCUGGAGGACAGCCAGGCAUUGGCGGUGGUCAGACAGGCUACGGCCCUCAAACAGGAGCACGGCCUGGCGCUGGCGGUGCUAUUGGUCAACCCGGAAUGGGUCAGGGUGGUUAUGGACCUGGCGCUGGUCAGUUGGGCGGUGGACAGGCUGGUGCUCCUGGUCGCUAUACGAUCGGUGGACAAGGCGGCGUUGUUCCAGGUGCAGGUGGUGCCGGAACUGGAGUUGUGGUGCCAGGUGGCGCUGGAUCUGGAGUUGUUGCGCCUGGCGGCGUCGAUGAUGCCUUCUCACAGGCAGAGUCCGCUUUAGGUGAUGGACAAGCAUCCGCCAGCGCUCAGGGCAAGAAGAAUGGCGGCACAGCCAAGACUCAAGUGUCGGGCACCUACAGUGCCGGCAGCUCCUUCAGUGCCAGCGCCAUGACCUCUGAUGCGGAUCGUGCGGCCAGUGCACAAGUAACAGGAAAUUCCGAUGGCGCUAUGAGUCAGUCCCAAGGCUCUGGCGGCCCCUCGACAUCGCAGGCGCAAGUGCAACUCAAUGGCAAGGAUGGUGGCACCAAGGCUUCAUCCCAGAGCGGUGGCAUCAUACAUCAGAGCCAGAGCGAGGUGCAAGCGAACGACAAGGGCGGCUUGGCCGAUGCACAGUCCAGCGGACCUGGUCAGACAUCAUCACAGGCACAGAUUGGCUUCCGUCCUGGUCAGGACAAUAAUCCACCCGCAACUACAGGUGGCGGACAGGCCUCCGCACAAUCGGGCAGUCACUCAGGUCAGAGUCAGUCGCAGAUCCAUGGCACAUCCAGCUUUGGCGUCUCCUAUCAUGGCGCAGCGCAAUCCGCUUCAGGCACAAAGGAGCAGGUGGCCGUCUAUCGUGAACAGAAUCGUGAACUCUUCAAUACCAUCAGUCAGUUCGGCAACGCUGCAAAUGCCGUAACAGAUCGCGUGGAUGCUGUUUAUAGCGGUCCUCCUAGUGCGGAGCCACAGCUUAAGUCCACCAAGUCGAGCAAGGAGGAGAGCGACAAGAGCCUGAACGGUAAACUCGAUCAGACACAGGGCAAUGACGAUGGCAACGAUGCUGACGAUGAUGAGGAGCCCUAUGAUGAGUACGAUGAGGAUGAUUAUUACAGCGAGAAGCCCGUCAAGAUGGAGCAAGCCGCCAAGACGAAAGAUGAGGCGCCUGCACCGCUGACGUUGACACAAGCAUCGCCCACGCAAAAGCAAACGGCAGUGGUAGCCAAUCCCAAUUCUGCUCCUUACAAUGUAGUGCAGAAACAGAAUGGACGCGUGAAUAGCUUCCCAGCGCAGCGCAGCAGCACAACGGAGUCUGUGCCCAGCGGCUUCCGUGGCACUGUGAAUGUGGAAAAGAAGUUCCACACCAAGGCGCUGGAGCUGCACAAAAGCGAUAAGAAGGUAAGCCUUAGUGCCGAGGAGGAGGAGGAGGAGGGUAAGCCAACUGCUGCUGCUGGCGUGCAUAAGCCACGUGCUCCGGACAGUUUUGUGACUGUUACCAAAUCGAUUACGGGCAGCAUGGACAACUCAAAGAAUCCGCCACAGGAGAACAAGAACUUCCAGUCCACAUACUACACCAAGUCCUCCACUUGCGGCUACUUCACCUUCUCCUGCAACAUUGUCUAUGGCGCGAACGGGCGCAGCAAGAUCUGUCGCCCCAAGGCGCCGUCCAAUGGCAAAUGCAGAACAAUGAAAAAUCAUCAAAAGUAUGCAAAACUGCCCCAAGAUUUGGAUUUGAGUUUUCAAAGUGAUUUGGACUUGCUGCCGGACACAGCAGCCGACAUCGGUGUCGAUGAGUUCAAUCUGAGUGCCAGCGUCACGCCACCUGCAAGUGAAGACGACGACGAGAUUGUAAUUGCGGCCCAAGUUGGCGCGGGUGGUGGACUGCGUCUAGCACCAACGGCAGCGACGGCAAUUGCGACUGCGACGGCGACCGCAACGUCGGCAGCGACAGAGACACGUAAGAAAGGCAGCAGCAGCAAGAAGCAAUUGGAGCAGCUCUACAACAGCAAAAAUAAGAUCUGCGGCCUGGGCAGCGAUAGUAUUAUUGAGACGGGUCUAACCCUCACACCCGAAAUGCUGCUCUCCACCUCGGAGUCAUCGACGCACAGCGCUUCGGAGGUAGCCGGAAGAUUGCAGGUGGAUGUGCGCAAUGGCCUCAAGUGGACGGAGGCCAAGUAUCGUGCCAAGAUCAUAGGCCAUAACGAGCUCAAUGUCAUCGAGGAGGACCCGACUUGGAAGAAGUACAUCGAGCAGUUUAGAAAUCCGCUCAUUUUGCUGCUGUUGGGCUCAGCGCUGGUUUCGGUGAUUAUGAAACAGUUCGACGAUGCUGUGAGCAUAACCAUUGCCAUAUUGAUUGUUGUAACGGUGGCGUUCAUACAAGAGUAUCGCUCCGAGAAGAGUCUGGAGGAGCUGAAGAAGCUGGUGCCGCCGGAGUGCCAUUGCCUGCGCGAGGGACGCCUGGAUACGUUUCUAGCGCGUGAGCUGGUGCCGGGUGAUGUGGUCCACCUCAAUGUGGGCGAUCGCGUGCCUGCGGACAUUCGUCUGUUCGAAGCGGUGGAUCUAUCGAUAGACGAAAGCAGCUUCACGGGCGAAACGGAGCCGGCGCGCAAGAUCACGGACGUGCUGCUGAACAAUUCGCAUGUGAAGGAUCACAGCAAUAUGAAGAAUAUUGCGUUCAUGGGCACGCUGGUGCGUUGUGGCAAUGGCAAGGGCAUUGUAGUGAGCACUGGCGAGCGCAGCGAGUUUGGCGAGGUCUUCAAGAUGAUGCAGGCGGAGGAGGCACCCAAGACGCCGCUGCAAAAGUCAAUGGACAUACUAGGAGCGCAGCUGUCAUUCUACUCCUUUUUGAUCAUUGGUGUUAUUAUGCUGCUGGGCUGGCUGCAGGGCAAGCCGCUCUCCGAGAUGUUCAACAUUAGCGUCUCGCUGGCUGUGGCUGCCAUACCCGAGGGUUUGCCCAUUGUGGUGACUGUGACGCUCGCUCUGGGCGUCAUGCGCAUGGCCAAGCGCAAUUCGAUUGUCAAGAAACUGCCCACAGUGGAGACGCUGGGCUGUGUGAAUGUCAUUUGCUCGGACAAGACGGGAACGCUGACCAAGAAUGAAAUGACAGCUACGAUUAUUAUCACCUCCGAUGGCUACAUGGCGGAUGUUACUGGCGCGGGCUACAAUGAUCAGGGUGAGAUUCAUAUACGUCACUGCAACAAUGUCGAGAUGGCCAAGUCGAACAUUACCAAUCUGCUGGAGAUUGGCGCGGUAUGCAACAAUGCGUAUAUACAAAAUGGCACGCUGCUGGGACAGCCGACAGAGGGCGCUUUGGUGGCGGUGGCCAUGAAGAACGGCAUGUACGCCACGGCGGAGAACUAUGUGCGCAUUCAGGAGUAUCCGUUCAGCUCGGAGCAGAAGAUGAUGGCCGUCAAGUGUAUACACAAGUACAACAACAACAAGGAGGAGAUCUUCUUUGCCAAGGGCGCACUGGAGACGCUGCUGCCCCAAUGCACCAAAUAUCAGUUUGGCAAUCAGACAGUGCCGCUGACCAAGCAGAACGAGGCGGAGUUUCUGGCCGAGGCGUAUGAGAUUGGACGCAAGGGUUUACGCGUGCUGGCGCUGGCCAAAGGACGCUCCAUGCAGGAUCUCAUCUAUUGCGGUCUAGUGGGCAUUACCGAUCCGCCGCGUCCGCUGGUGCGCGAGUCCAUUGAGCUGCUCAUGCAGAGCGGCGUGCGUGUCAAGAUGGUAACUGGCGAUGCUCAGGAAACGGCCAUGGCAAUUGCAAAUCUCAUUGGCAUCGAUACCAUACACCAUCAGACGCUGUCGGGCCAGGAGAUGGAUCAGCUCAACGAGCAUCAGCUGGACAAAGUGGCAAACAAUGUGAGCGUUUUCUAUCGCGUUUCGCCGCGCCAUAAGCUGGAGAUUGUCAAGUCGCUGCAGCGCACGGGCAACAUUGUGGGCAUGACUGGCGAUGGCGUCAACGAUGGUGUCGCACUCAAGAAGGCGGACAUUGGCAUUGCCAUGGGCAAGAACGGCACCGAUGUGUGCAAGGAGGCGGCGGAUAUGAUUCUAGUGAACGAUGAUUUUCACACCAUAAUCGCUGCCAUUGAGGAGGGCAAAGGAAUUUUCUACAACAUACGCAACUUUGUGCGCUUUCAGCUGAGCACUUCGAUUGCUGCGCUGGCGCUGAUUGCCUUGGCCACAUUAAUGGACAUUGCCAAUCCCCUGAAUGCCAUGCAAAUACUUUGGAUCAACAUUAUAAUGGACGGACCGCCGGCGCAGUCGCUGGGCGUUGAGCCUGUGGACCAUGAUGUGCUCAAGCAGAAGCCGCGCAAUGUGAAGCAGCCCAUGAUAACCAAGUCGGUGGUGGUCAAUGUGCUGCUGAGCGCCAGCAUCAUUGUGCUGGGCACGCUUUGGGUGUUCCAGCGCGAAAUGGCCGACGGCACGCUGGGCAAGACGAAGCGGGACACAACCAUGACCUUCACUUGCUUUGUCUUCUUCGACAUGUUCAAUGCGCUCUCCUGUCGCUCGCAAACCAAAAGCGUUUUCACCAUCGGCCUCACCACCAAUCGCAUGUUCCUGCUUGCCGUUGCCUUCUCCAUCAUUGGCCAAAUGCUCGUCGUUUACUUUCCGCCGCUGCAGAUGGUGUUCCAAACGGAGGCGCUCACUGCAUACGAUAUACUCUUUCUGGUUACGCUCACCUCCUCUGUGCUGAUUGUCUCGGAGAUCAAGAAGUGGUUCGAGCGCUCGCUGGAGCGCAAAAUGUACAGCACGCGCUCCGAGUUGGACUUUGUAUGACAAAACGCAAGCGCUAGAGCUGAGUUGCACCCAAAAGCCGAGUAAAUUACAAAAACAAUAACAAAAUACACAAAAUAAAAAAUCACAAAAAACAAAAAAAAAAUAGC